AUGUUUCGCAAGAAUACUCUAAAAAAAAAUUCUGAAAAACUGAAAAGAACUCUCUCGGAUACUUCUAGCAGUCUCAGAAGUAGGGGAAGUUUAAAAAGGACUUUUAGCAACAGUCUCCAGCGAGAGAAUAGCAAAUCAUCGAGAAAUGAAUUUACCAUGGAAAAACUAUCCAUCGAAAUGACUCACUUGAUCAUAAAAAGAUGCGGCGAUGAAAUACGAUCAAGAGGAUUGCACGAAGUCGAUAUCUUUAAACCACAGAAUAUUGGAGACAGCACAGAAGAGGCCAUGUACCUCAUUAACUUUUUGUUACGCGAUAACCGAAUUGACUAUGAGACCGAGCUAGCUAGCGCAGAUAUUCACAAUGUUGUCUCGACCUUAAAAUGGGCGCUUCGACACUGUGAAGAAAUCAUUGUACCUUAUCAGUACUACGAAGAAUUUGUCAAAUUUGACCAAGAAUACGAUUUUGACCCAAACAAGGGGUCUUUUACCCAAUUUCUGCAGUAUAUCCCAUUGCCAAAUCGCAAUGUUCUCAUCGAAUUAUUCGAGAUAUGUGCUGACGUAACAGCGGAAUCACACAUUAACAAGAUGUCGGCGCAAAAGAUUGUAAAAUGCCUUGCGUUAUGUAUCAUCCGUGACGGAAAGCCGGCCUUUUUGAGUUUUGAUGAUGCUUACAAAGAAUAUACAAAUUGUUCGAACGCAUGUCUCCAUCUCUUCCUGGCCUACUUGAGGGAGCGUUCUCACGAUAAAGAACUUCCUCCCCGUCUUACUAUGCUUCUUGAUAAUUACGAUGAUGUUAAAAAGAUAUCAACAGCAUCUAUAUUUGUCAGCAAUGAAGAAGAUUUUAAGUCUUAUCAACAGACAAUGGCAAGAUCUUCCAUAACUAAUGAGAGACGUGCAAGUAUGCUACGAAUCACGAGAUCGGUUGUUCCACGACAUACUGCUGGCGAACAAAGAAAGAGUGUCUACGAUCUCUUACCACAAAUGAUGAACAAUAUCAAACGAGAAACGAUUGUGAGUUCAAGUUCUAUAAUGACAGUGGAACAGCGUCGCACGGCUGGCCAUAUUUGGGAAGAAGUUCAACGCGAUGGUUUUGCGACCUUAUCUGACGAUUUUAAGACAAGAUUUGCUCUCAGAGAUGAAUACGGAGCAUUAACUGUCGAGCAGCAGAAUGUGCUGUUGGGAGUACCACAAGAUUCAGACGUAUUACAAGAGCUUUCCCAAAAUAAUGCUCUAGAUGAAGAUAAGAGAAAAACCAAGAAACAACUGAAGAAACAGCGAAGACGAUCUACUACAAACAUCGACUCCUCAGACUCGGACAAGGAUCCAUCCAAGGCAAUGGUUACCCUCCGCCGUCGUCGCACCCAGCCUAAAACUGCGAAGCGCACUAGUUCCUUUGUUUCUCGUGAUGUGAUUUACGACAAAGACAUUCUCAAGCGACAGCAGCUGGAAGAGUGGCACUUGUUGGAUCCUCAACAGGAGAUUACUACUCAUCUAGCGAUCGAAACUAUAGACGAUAUCUUUCCUUACAUUUGGAUGGAAAUUACAACCGAAUCGACAGACGGUUAUUGGGGAGAUUGGGUAUUCAUUGAACCUCGAAAAGAUCUUAAUUAUGAAUGCGAAUGGAUAUUGAUAGAAGAAAAAGAACAAGUAUUUGCUGCGCGUGAAGCCGCAAUUGAAGAAAAAUUUGGCAAGGCUUUAGAUAAAUCCAACAAUUGGAAUCUCUCAUGGUUAAAAAAGAGUGCGAGUGUGAGGAGCAGCGAUGCAACUUCUUCGAGACGUAGCGAGACCAGUGAACAUUUAGUACAAGCGCGACGUGCUAAUACUCUAUCUCGAGGACAGAAAAAGUCCAAACAAAGAAAGAGAGAUUUGACUAGACAGAUAAGCGCUCCGAUACCAGUUAUUCCCAGAGCUUAUGCAGCGCCUUGGGAACUUAAUGUCGAACAGGUAGAUUCGACAACAAGGAUGUAUCAGAAUUAUAUAUGA